UAAGGGAAAAGAAAUAUGGGUCGAAAGAAAGAUUGAUUUUGGGAGUGUGUUGAAAAACAAGAUAAUGGUUGUCGUUUCAAAUGUAAGUUUUGUGAAUGUAUUUUUGCUGGGGGUGCUACAAGGAUUAAAUAUCACUUGGCUGGAGUUAAAGGUCACGAUAUUAAUAUUUGUAAAAAAGUGCCUAAAGAGGUCCAAGAGGAAGCUUCUCUAACAAUUGGUGAACCUAACAAAAAACUUAAGGGUGCAUCAACUUCAAACAAGGAUAAGGAGAGGGAAAUCAGCUCAACUUCAAUAUCAAAGGAUGACAUGUUAAGUGGAGUGUUUGAAAAGAGUAAGGCAGAAUACAUAGCUGAAAUUUUACUUGGUGUUUUUGUGGAGGGACUUCUAGCCAAGUUGAGAUCAAUUGUUAUAGAGCAACAUAUUAGUUUUGAGUUGGGUUUCAAGGAAGUGCUAAUAGACCUUCUUAUCUUGUUAACCCAAAUUCAACUUGUGUUAAAUGAUGCUGAGAAAAGACAAGCAAGUGAUGAUUUUGUGAGGAGUUGGUUAGCAGAGCUUAGACGUGUUGCUUAUGACAUUCAUGAUGUGCUAGACGAGUUUGGCUAUAACAUUCUUCAGCAAAAGGUACUAAACUACUCUUCACCUUCUAAUGACAUUAUCAAAUUCAAUAUGGCAAACAAAAUUAAGACCAUCAACAAAACAUUAAAUAGACUUAAAGGUGACAUUGCUAGUUAUGAUCUUCGAGCGGAGUUCGAGAAUUCGAUCCCUAAGAUUAGCUUUAGCAUGGAGAUAGACUCCUUCCUUGAUGAUUCAAAAGUUAAUCGAAACGUUGGAAAUAACAUUGUUGAAGCAACCUAUUGUGAUAGUGUGACAGAAAUCACAAAGAUUCUUCCCCAAUAUGAAUUAACAGAAUAUGAUUGUUGUGCCAUAUUCAAGGAAGAGCAUUUGCAAAUGAAAGACCUUUACCUCUAG